AUGAACCCCAACACUGAUCAACCUUUCAAUAACUUUGCUCUAAUGGACAGCUUCAACUUCUCCAACCACGGAGGAAUAUUUCAUCAGCCUCAACUAAACCUCGCUUUUCCAGACGAAAUCCCGAGACCCGUUGGGCCUCAAAACCCGAUAUUCGACCCGCCGCCUGCCCACAUCACCUUCCCACGGGCCCACGAGCACGACGCCCUGCUCGGUAAUUCACACAACAAUGUUGGUAAAAAACAUGAAGCCGUGCAGGGUUAUGGAGGGAAGAAGAGAAAGAGAAGUAAUGAAAGGGAAAUGGAGAAGCCAAAAGAAGUUGUUCAUGUGAGAGCUAAGAGAGGGCAAGCCACUGAUAGCCACAGUUUAGCUGAAAGGUUGCGAAGGGAGAAAAUAAAUGACAAGCUAAGGUCCUUGCAAGAUCUUGUUCCAGGGUGUUAUAAGACAAUGGGAAUGGCUGUAAUGUUGGAUGUGAUAAUUAACUAUGUAAGAUCUUUGCAGAACCAAAUUGAUUUUCUCUCGAUGAAACUAUCUGCAGCAAGUUUAUAUUAUGAUUUCAACUCGUCAGAGGCAGAAGCUAUGGAAUCAGUACAUGGGACAAAUGGGUAUGAAGCUGCACAAAUGGUGGAGAAAUUUGUUGGAGAAGGUUAUGGAGGAUUUCCUCAUCAGUUCCAAACAUUUAAUAAUUGGUCUCUUUGA